UCGCGAUUCGCCUUUAGCCACGGACCGGGGCGACCCGCGCCGCGCCAACGCCUUCGGCUCCCCCGAUAACCAGACACGCAUCCCCCUAACCUGCACAGCGCGCACCGAGAGCGACGAGCGCGCAAGCCUCCAAACCCACCCGCAGCCAGACCCGUGGCGCGGGGCGCCUUCUCGCGCCACCACCACAAGAAAAGCUCGCGCUCUCAUCCUCCUAAUCCGAAGGGGUGAGGAGCAGAGGAGUCCAAUAACCGCGGAGCAGGAGGGAUGGCGGAGGAAGGGGAGGAGGCGCCGCCGGCUGCGAUGGUGGGGGAGGACGCGGGAGCGGCGGCGAAGGUCAAGGAUGACUUUGGGUUGCCCGCGGAGCUGGUGGCAGUGCUGCCGGCGGACCCGUUUGCGCAGCUGGACGUGGCGCGCAAGAUCACCUCCAUCGCGCUCACGUCCCGCCUCGGGCGCCUCGAGGCGGAGGCGGCGCGGCUCCACGCGCAGCUCGCCGAGCGCGACGCCGAGGCCGAGGACCUCCGCGAGCGCGUCGAGCAGCUCGAUGCAGCGCUCGCAGUCGCCUCCGGCCGCCUCCGCCGCGCCGAGGAGGAGAAGGAGACGCUGCUGAGCGAGAAGGCGUCGCUAUCCAAUAUCGUCAGGAAGCUCAACAGAGAUGUCGCCAAGUUGGAAGUUUUCAAGAAGACACUUAUGCAGUCACUCCACGAAGAUGAAGACAAUCCUAAUACUGCUCCCAGGGCAAGAGUUACCGAAACUUCGAAUUUCUCCUCUGCAACAUCUGUUACAGAUGAAGAUUCUACAUUUCCAACUUACAAAACGUCGCAGUUUUCAGAAACUGCAAGUUCUGUUUCAGAGGAAAGUAGUCAUGUUGACCAAGAUGUACCUAGGCCACCCCGUCCACAUGCAUUCUUGCCGUCGUACAACAGCACACCAAGGAUGACUCCCCCAGACUCACCUCCAAGGGGUUUUGCGCCGGUAUCACCGCCAAGGCGACAUUCGAUCUCCAUUACAUCAAUGAACAUGUUUAAUGACAGGUCCUCGGUCUUUUCUGGUCACCAUAGCUCUCCAUUUGACACAGCAAGUCAAACAGGACGAACAAGAGUUGAUGGAAAGGAGUUCUUUCGUCAGGUCAGAAACCGCUUGUCUUAUGAGCAGUUCAGUGCAUUCCUAGCUAAUGUGAAGGAACUGAACGCACACAAGCAGAGCAGAGAGGAUACACUAAGAAAGGCUGAUGAGAUCUUCGGUCCAGAAAACAAGGACCUGUACACCAUCUUUGAGGGUCUAAUUACUCGCAAUCUUCACUAGCCUUGAAACAUGAAAUAUUUCCCAUGGUUAAUAGUGAUCCAGAGUUUACUGGUAUAUUAUGAUUAAAAUGUUCAGCAUUUUUUGUAUUUUAAGUCUGUAGAAGUCACCUCAUACCAUUGCAGAUUCUUGGUAUAUAGUUUUCUCAAUUUCUUGUUUAUGUCAAUGUAGAGUCAUGGGUUGUCUGUAAGCUACAAUCUAUAUUUUAAUACAAACUAGCCUAUUACUCGUGCGUUGCAA